AAAUUUGGAGAUAUCAAAAAAAAAUUAAUCAGCUCUCAAAUCGUUUAUGUUGAUCUCUGUUCUAGAAAUUAUUAUGUCAUACAUAUUUAAAGCGUAUGGCAAUUCAUCGUAAUAAACGUAUACAUUGUAGUCUAGAAUUGACAGCAUCUUUUUAAUUAAUUUGAUGACGGUUUCGAUCGGAUCAUUCACUGAAAUCCGAAUUGGGCCAAUAGGCGCUAUGGUUACUUUCGACUCAUCCCAGCGGAAUCUACUUCCGCAAUAUACAAUUGGAAAUGUGUUUCUGUCAUGUAUAAAAAUGUCAACGAAUGCUGUCACACUUUUUUUUGCAAUAUUUGAGAUUUCAAAAAUUUGUACCAUCUGAAAAAAAAUUGAAUUAAUUAAUUUGUUCUACCAUGUAUAAGUAAUUUUACCAAGAUGUUGUGUUUCCAUGCUAUGCCAGAGAAAGAUAACGAAGUAUUUGCCUACACCUUGUAUGUAUUAUUGGUGCGUGAGGUUUUUCCAAAACAAAGUAACUGGAUAACUGGAGAAGGUAGAAAAAAUAUGGAAUUUUGCUAAAAGAUAAGAUUUGUUUCCAUAUCUGGAGGUUUGUCAAUGUCCAGUACGUACUUCUUAUGCUUGCUUGUUUGAGGUGUUCAAAGGUGUAUUGUGAACCAGAAAAAAAAAAAUCUUGAUUUUUAUCAGUUUUGUGUGUAAAAUUUUUGUGAAAAGUUGAUAUAUUUUUUUAUUUUAUUUUCUUAUUUUAUUCCUUUUUAAUUAAUUUGAGUUACAAUGGAUUCUCAGAACAAUGACUUUCUUGCUGGUAAGUGAAUUUUUGAUUCUAUUUUUAUCAUUAAAUUGGUGUAUAUUUUUUUUUCAAAAAAUUUUAGGGGGGGAAUAAAUUUGGAUCAUGAUUUUAGGCUAUUUGUGUUUGAUAAAAAAUUAUAGAAUUUCUCAAUUUUUCUAGGUUUAGAUGAAAUCAAUUUUGACAGUGAGGAAUUUCAGCCUGUAGACGUUAUCCAGGAGGUGACAAAUGCUGGACCACCAAAUGAGGUAUGUUUUUUGUUUUUUUAUUAAAUUUUUGAAAGAAUAAUUCACAUGAUGUCUGUGUUUUUUUUUUUUUUUUUUUUUGAUUUUUGAGUUUUGAUAACUUUGGUUUUGUUUGUAGACAAGUUUAAAUGCUAUGAUCCUUGAGUUGGAAACACCAAGAAAUUCCACAGUGGAGCCCCAGAUGGAGACUCAGAUGGAGCCCCAAGCAGGACCAUCGAAUGUAAAUGUUGUACCAGAGCCUCAAAUUGUUGAACCACAAGCAACUGGAAAUCAUUUUGUUGAGGCUCCUAGGUUAAAUAGAACUGUUGAUCAAUUCAGAUUUCCACUACGACAUUCAUACUUGAAAGCUGAUGGUGUUACGAAGGGAUUCUUAACACAUAAUGACCCUAGGGCCAUGUGUGUUGAUUACGAAUUAGGCUUUAACAGCCCAUGUAUGUCUACACGGUGCUGGUUUUAUAAUAGCCACUUUUGGUCUAUUCAUAAGGACUUAAUGGAAACAAUAAAAGUUCGGUUCGAAGGAGGUAUGGUGAAUAUUAAUGUAAUUCAGGUCCAUCCGCAGUUUAAGAUAUUAUUUCCCUUUACUUAUCAAAACUAUGUGGAUCUCAAAAGAAAUAUCAUUAGAUUUGGGCCAUCCUAUGAUGAAUGUUACUUAUGGUUACCUACGAGAUCACUGGAAACGUCACCAUUGAGGCACCGUUCAAACGUUUAAGUUGAUAUCAAGCAAGUCCGAAGAAAGAGUGAGAAAAAAAAAUUGUAAAAAGUAAUUUUAAUUAACCUGUAAAAAAAAAGAAAAAUAUUAAUUUUUGUACAGUUAUUAGAUAUGUAUGUAUUUAAACUAAUUGUUUUUUUUUUGUUUUUUAUACGUAUUUUUAUAGAAUAAAUUAUACAAUAAGAAAAA